AUGGAAGCGAUGUUUUGGGGUCCCAUUACCGCUACUUUAGAUUGGUGUGAGGAAAAUUACAAAGUUUUUCCGUACUUUGCCGAGUUUGUGAAUACAAUAACGAAUCUUAUAUUUGCGUUCUUUGCCGGCUUCGGUGUUUAUACGAUAUUAAAGCAUCGUCUGGAUAAACGCUUUAUUCUGGCUCAUGCUGCGUUGGCACUGGUCAGCGUUGGAUCAUGGUGUUUUCACAUGACUUUGUUAUACGAAUUUCAGCUGUUAGAUGAGUUGCCAAUGAUCUACACGUCGAGUAUUUUGGUGUAUAAUCUCUUUGAAAUAGAUCGAGAACGAAAAUACGGGCUUUGGUUCCCACUAUUUUUAAUAUGCUACUCUGCCAUCUACACUGUGACAUAUCUUUAUGUGCGCACUCCAGUCUUCCAUCAGCUAGCCUAUGGGGUCCUCGUAGCCGCUUUAAUGUUGCGCACUAUCUUUUUGAUGACCAACUACCCAAAAGGCGAAUCGAAAAGAAUAAUGAAGUCUUUGAUCUAUAAAUCAUUGAGUAUGUUUGUCUUUGGAUUUUUAUUAUGGAAUGUGGAUAACAUGGCCUGUUUCCACUUGCGUAACACAAGAAAAACAGUUGGUCCGUAUAUUGGGUUUCUCACAGAAUUACAUGGCUGGUGGCAUAUUCUAGCCGCAUUCAGUUCAUAUUAUUUGAUCGUAUUUAAUCAGUAUUUGAGAGCAAUCUGUAUGGGGGAAGGCAAAGAAUGUGAAAUAAGGUGGUUAACCAGUAUGGUUCCCUAUGUGGCAAGGAAACUGUUAACUUCAACAACCAUUCCAUCAAUGGUGGAUAAUACUGAAAGGGAAGCCAUAGCGUCAGACGAAAUCCUGAGCAUUCAGCAGGACCUUAACAGCUUACUCUUGCAGGCAACAAAAGAUGCGAACAAAGAGUUGAUCAAACAACUUUUGAACCAAGGAGCAGACUUUUCGGCUAGAGGAGAAGAGGGUGCCACUUCUUUGCAUUUAGCGUGUGCUGCUGGAAAUUCAGAGAUUGUCAGUUUGUUAUUGCAGUAUGGCCACCCAUGGAAUGCCAUCGAUGAUAAUAGGAAGACUGCAGGCGAAUAUGCCAAAGAGUGUGGUCACGAGGAAGUUUAUGAGCAAUUAUUAGCAGAAGGUUGUAGAGCGGAAUUAAUACUAGGAGCGCUUUCGCGUAAAGACAGAAAUAAAGACGAUCCGUCAAACCUAGAGUUUUUGACCAAGCCGCUGAAAUAUUCAGACAAUGGUGACAAGCUAUUGGACUCGGAAAACAAUGGGGUCAUGAUGGCUUGGGAAAAGCCACUUAUGGAAAGGCACGCUCAAGUCAUUUGUACUGACAAAGGCCUUGAUAUACUCAAUGUUGGUUUCGGUCUUGGGUUAAUUGAUUCGUACAUCCAGUCUUAUAAACCAAAUUCUCAUACGAUUAUCGAAGCACAUCCUGAUGUUUACGCACACAUGCUAGCCAAUGAAUGGGACAAGAAACCUGGUGUAAAGAUAAUUUUUGGACGCUGGCAGGACGUUUUAGAUCAGUUAGAAUUAUACGAUGGUAUUUUCUUUGAUACCUUUGGUGAAUUUUAUGAUGAUAUACAUGAUUUCCAUGAAGAAUUACUAAAUAUCUUAAAGCCAGAGGGUGUGUAUUCGUUUUUCAAUGGCCUGGGUGCCACGAAUCCUUUCUUUCAUGAUGUUUAUUGUCGCAUAGCCGAAAUGCAUCUAGCUAGUAUUGGACUAAGUACAGAGUAUGUGGAAAUCAGAAUUGAUCCGUCUGAGGACAAGGUCUGGGAAGGAGUUAAAGCUCGGUACUGGACUUUGGAUACUUAUCGGUUACCGAUCUGUCGAGUAAUGUUGUAA